AUGCUGUCAAGAACUCCACUCUCUGACACUGUGGUGAGCGCCUGUUAUGGCUCCAUCUGCUCUGACCAGAGUGGUGGCCAAGAGACCUGCUACCAGCCCAGAUGCUGCCAGACCACCUGCUGCCGGACCACCUGCUGCCACCUCAGCUGCUGUAGGCUUCAAUGCGGCCAGCCCAGUUGCUGCUGUCCCAGCUGCUGUGUGUCCAGCUGCUGCAGCCCCUGCUGCUGCCUUUCCUGUUGUGGCUCCGUCUGCUCUGACCAGAGCUGUGGCCAAGAGACCUGCUGCCAACCCAGCUGCUGCCAGACCACCUGCUGCAGGACCACCUGCUGCCGUCCCAGCUCUUGUGUGUCCAGCUGCUGCAGGCCCCAGUGCUGCCAGUCCCUGUGCUGCCAGCCCACCUGCUGCCGCCCCAGCUGCUGUGUGUCCAGGUGCUGCCAGCCCACGUGCUGUCAGCCCAGCUGCUGCCGCCCCUGCUGCCGCCCCUGCUGCUGCCUGCGUCCAGUCUGUGGCCAAGUCUCCUGCCACACCACCUGCUAUCGCCCAACCUGUGUCAUCUCCACCUGCCCCCGGCCCCUGUGCUGUGCCUCCUCUUGCUGCUGA